UUCUCCGGGCGGCAGCUGGGAUGGCGUCGGGUUCAACUCGCCUGCAGCGGUGUAUGGUGUUGCCGGCUGGGAGGCACACCGCCUCUCUGAUCUUCCUGCAUGGCUCAGGUGACUCAGGACAAGGAUUGAGAAAGUGGAUCAAGCAGGUUUUAACUCAAGAUUUAGCAUUCCAACACAUAAAAAUUAUUUAUCCAACAGCUCCGUCCAGUUAAUUUUUGCUGCUUUUAGGAGGAUUUUCUAUGGGAGGGUGCAUGGCCAUGCAUUUAGCGUAUAGGAAUCAUCAAGAUGUGGCAGGAGUAUUUGCUCUUUCCAGUUUUCUGAAUAAAACGUCUGCUGUUUACCAGGCUCUUCAGAAAGCUGAUGGUGUGCUUCCUGAAUUAUUCCAGUGUCAUGGGACUGCAGAUGAGUUAGUUCCUUAUUCUUGGGCUGAAGAGACAAAUUCAGUGUUAAGGUCGCUAGGAGUGAGCACACAGUUUCAUAGUUUCCCAGGUGUUCACCAUGACCUGAGCAAAACUGAGCUACAAAAACUAACUUCAUGGAUUCUUAACAAGCUACCAGGAGACAUGGAAAGGCAAGGUGAAUGAAUCACGAUUAAUUUGUUAAUAUGUAUGUAACAUCUUUGAGAAAUAUUUUUACUGCCAAGUUAUAACUUGGUAAAUGAUCGUUACAUAUUAAGAGCCACCAACAAUUUAUUGGCUAAUGUGUUUGUUAAUUAUUGAAAGACUUGGCACCAUAGAGAGUAGUACAGUAUUGCUAAUGGGAAACGUUAAUUUAAACGAACAUCUGUGCACCAUUUUUCUGAUACAUUUCUGUAAAUAAUUUGAGAAUUUUUAAGUAAAUAUAUAAACUUAAUAAAAAUAAUGUAUUUUAUAAUA